ACCUCCGAGGAAGGAUUGGUGACCCUGGUGCCAACGAGGGGCGGGCGAUGCCACAUCUCAUCGUGCCUUGACCCCUCGGGGCGCCCCUCUCCAGAGACAAAGUGGUCUUAUUUGUUGCCCUGUUGAUUCUGAACUCCAAGGCCCAAGUGAUCCUCCUGCCUCAGCCUCCUAAGUAGCUGGGACUAUAGGCAUGCAAUACCAUACCUGCUUGGAAAUCUGCAUUCUUAUGAGCAACCCAGAAGAAUGUAAUGUAGGGUCAUUAGAACACACUUUAAACAACGCUGCAGUAAGUACGAGAAAUCACACAUCAAAUGCUUGGCAGUGUAUCUGGGUGCUUAGUAGGCAUUGUAGUGUUUGCUGAGUGCGUGGAUAAACUGAUGAGUGGAUGGAUAACCUUGUAUCUUGGUCCUUGUCUGGAGUGGGGAAACUGGAGCUGAGUUAUCCAGCCAGUUAUCUGCUCCUUGCCCAGACCUGGGUCCUCCCUGCAGAGUCAUUAGCAGGUUGUGGGAGCUGCUCUGGCCUGGUUUACCAAUAUGGAGGAGAUGGCUGCGAAGGCACCGUGUGAACCCUUGAAGACCAGCGUGCCUUCCCAGAGCCGCUGUCAAAACUGCUUCCACCCAGAGGAGGGCCACCGAGCAAGGCACCAGGAGCCAGGGAGCCCUCCAAGUGCCGAGGUACCCUACUGCGACCUGCCCUGCUGUCCGCCUGCCCCUGAGGACACGCUCAGCACUGCAGCCUCCACCUGCCAGCCUGUGGUGGGCCCGGGCCUCAGGCAGGGGCCGGAGAGGGACUCGUCCUGCACAGCAGGGCUCUCUGACGAGGGCCCCAAAGCCAUUCUCGGGAGUGGGCGUGGGGACCUCGAGGCAGUGCUCUAUUUGGAAAGCCCGGCUUCCUCUCUGUGUGACAGUUGUGACAAGAGCCCCAGCUUUGACACCAGCUCUGGCCCCGACAGUGACACCCCUGAUGAUACGAGCAACUCAUCUUCUGUGGACUGGCACGCUGUUGAGAGGUGGGACGAAGUCCCCAGCCAGGACGAGCUCACCGUGAUGAUCCCUCGGAGGACCCAGGAGGGGCCAAGAGCUGACAGUGCCUGGAGGGUCACCAGGUCCCCUGUGAGAGGAGGCACAGCAGGCCAAAGAAAGGAGGACACUCACAGCAGGAGCAGGAGUCCCGGACAGCACUGGGUGAAGCUUCGGGGAGACAGUGGCAGCUUCUUGGAGCGACAUCGCUCCUUGCCAACCCAGGCUUCCUCUGAGAAACCACAGAGUGGACCUCGAAGUGCCACCCACCAGGUGUCCUCUGCCCAAAGGGACAUUGCCCAGGCUCCUUCUACACAAGGACUCCUAAGAGCCUCCUCUCCCCAUCGAAUCACCCAGAAGGACAACGCCAGGACCUCAUCCACGCGAUGGGACACCCCCAGGGCCUCAUCCACACAGCAGAACACCCCAAGAACGUCCUCUCCCUCAAGAGUCUCCCACAACCCCAGAACCUCCCCCCCUCAACAGAACAAUCCUCAACUUUCUUCUCUUCUCAGAGCCACCCAACAAGACAGUCAGAGAACCCCUUGUACCCAACAGGACAACCUCCCAAGCUCUUUUCAUACUUGUCCUCCUCAGCGGGAAACCCCCAGGAUAUCCUGUGCCCAAAAGGACAAUGCCAGAGCCACCUCUCCCAACAGAGCCACCCAACGGGAAACUCCCAAGGCAUCCUGUCCCCAAUGGGACAAUCCCAGAACCUCUUCUCCAAAUCGAGCUCCCCAGAAGGAAAACUCUAGAACAUCCUGUGCCCAAAGGGACAAUGCCAGAGCCUCCUCUCCUAACAGAGCUUCCCAAAGAGAGAACUCUAGAACAUCCUGUGCCCAACGGGACAGUCCCAGAGCCUCCUCUCCUAACAGAACUUCCCAAAGAGGGAACUCUAAAACAUCCUCUGCCCAACGGGACAGUCCCAGAGCCUCCUCUCCUAACAGAGCUUCCCAAAGAGAGAACUCUAGAACAUCCUGUGCCCAACGGGACAAUCCCAGAGCCUCCUCUCCUAACAGAGCUUCCCAAAGAGAAAAUUCUAGAACAUCCUGUGCCCAAUGGGACAACCCCAGGUCCUCACCUCCCAGCAGAAGCUCCCAGAAGGAAAACCUCAGAACUUCCUGUAUCCAACAAAACACUUCCAAAACCUCUUCCACCCACCGAGACAACCCAAAACCCUCUCGUAGCAGAUGGGAGCACCUCAGAAGCACCUGCACCCAGCGGGAUUCCUCACACUACUCUUCCCAUCAGCGAGAUGGCCCUGGGACUUCCUCCCCUCAGAGGUACACCCAAAGGGACAAUCCUGGACCGUCAUCUCCUCGCCACGCCACUCAACGGAGCAAUCCCAGGAGUCCCUCUCCCCAUCAAACCAACAAGGACAUCCCCUGGGCGUCCUUUCCCCUCCGGCCUACGCCAAGUGAUGGUGCCCGAGCCUGUUCCCCAUCUCGCUCCAAGCAAAGCGAGGUGCCCUGGGCAUCCAUUGCCCUCCGGCCAACCCAAGGUGACAGGCCUCGGACCUCCUCUCCCACCAGACCAGGCCAGCGUGACACACCCCAGUCCUCCUGUGCACCGGUCCGGCACAAUGCGCCACCCCAAGCUGCCUCUUCCUCCCAUAACCCAGGCCACCUCAGUGCCUCCCGGACUUCCUCACCUCUGUACCCUGUGACACGUGGGGCACCCCAGACCUCCUCCGAGCCCUCCCAGCCUCCAUACUCUGUGUGCAUCGGCCACCGCGACGCCCCGCGAGCCUCUUCGCCUCCUCGCUCCUUGCAGCACGACCCGUUCCCCUUCUUUCCGGAGCCCCGUGCCCCCGAGAGCGAAUCAUCUCACCAUGACCCUCCCUAUAUGCCACCUGCUGUGUGCAUCGGGCACCGCGAUGCCCCUCGGGCAUCCUCACCCCCUCGCUACACUCAGUUCGACCCCUUCCUCUUCCUCCCAGACACGUCAGAUACGGAGAACCACAGCGAGUGUCCCCAGCACGACCCUCCACACUUCCCCCCACCUGUGUGUAUUGGGCACCGGGAUGCGCCCCGCGCCUCCUCCCCGCCACGCCAGUUCCCAGAGCCCUCCUUCCUGUUCCAGGAUCUCCCCAGGGCCAGCACCGAGAGCCUCGUGCCCUCCACGGACUCCCUGCACGAGCGCCCCCACACCCCCACCUCCGUGUGCAUCGGCCACCGGGACGCCCCCUCCUUCUCAUCGCCCCCGCGCCAAGCCCCUGAGCCCUCGCUCUUCUUCCAGGAGCCCCCGGGGGCCAGUAUGGAGAGUCUCGCCCUCUCCACUGACUCUCUGCAUGGCUGCCCCCCGACCCCCCCGCAGGUGUGCAUCGGGCACCGCGAUGCGCCUCGAGCGUCCUCCCCACCCCGACACCCGCCCACAGACCUAGCGCUCCUGGCACCCUCGCCCCCACCGGGCAGCUCCAGGGGCCCUCGGGGCUCAGCGCCUCCCGGGGAGACCAGGCACAACUUGGAGAGGGAGGAGUACACCGUGCUGGCCGACUUGCCCCCGCCCAGGAGGCUGGCCCAGAGGGACCCAGCACCCCAGGCGCAAGGCAGCAGCGGGGGCCGCACUCGAAGCCCUGGCCGCACUGAGGUGGAGCGCCUCUUCGGGCAGGAGCGCAGGAAGUCCGGGUCUCCAGGAACCUUCCAGGCUCGGGAUGAGGGAUGGUCACCGCGGCCCAGCCAAGGUCAGAGCCAGCCUCUCCGAAGACAGCCCAGCCCUGCCGCAGGGAGGCAGGUGACCAAGGCCCCUGCCAAGCAGGCAGAAUGGACCAGAAGGAGCCCAGCAGAGCCCGCUCGAUCCAGGAGUCUUGAGAGACAGCCUGAGGGGGAUCAGCAGCAACAGCGAUCCUCACCGCCCCCCAGGACAUCAGCCAGGCCCCCUGAGAGGGAGCUGCUGCGGACAGAGAAAGCUCCGGAGAGGGACAGAGGUGGCCCAAGGCAGCCACUGGUGGGGUGGCAGAGUCAGCAGGAGCUGCCAGGAUCCCAGGUCCCUCACAGACACCUGGAAAGGAGCUGGAGCAGCCAGGAGGAGGGCCCGAGCCCUGGGGGCUUGCCAGGACUUUGGGAGCCCAGCCUGGGGACUGCAGGAGCCCUGGAGGGAGCAUGGCAGGGCCUUCCCAGAGAGAACAGGGAGAGCUGGGGGCAGUCUGAGGCCUGGGAGGAGCCCCCCAGUAAUGGGCUGCAGGAGUGCCCCCAGAAGCCAGCCCUAAGGGCCUGGAGCAGCCUACAGGAGCUGUCCUUUCCCCCCAAGCCUGGGAGCCUCCCAGAGCACUCCUGGGUAGGCCUGGAAGAAUCCUCCCAUCCCCAACGGCCUGAGAUGCCCACGGCCAUGGGCUGGGGCCCUGAGAGGCCACCUGAGCUGGACUGGAGGGACCUGCUGGGCCUCUUCCGGGCCCCUGGGGAGGGGGCCUGGGCCCGACUCCCGAGGCUGGACUGGGAAGGCCUCCUGGAGCUCCUGCAGGCCAAGCUGCCCCACAAGGACCCAGCUGGACACUGGGGUGACCCGGCUUCAGGGCCACAGCCGGGUCCCCCAGAGACAAAGGAUGAUGUCCUGGAGCAGGAGCAACACAGCCAGCCCGGAGGCUGGGCUUCAGCCACUGUAGCCAAUGGGCACAGCCCUGGGCAGCAGCCCCAGAUCCCAGCCCAGCUGCCCAGCCCUGCCUGCACCUCCACCCAGUGGCCGAAGACCCAAGAGACAAGUGGGCUAGUGACCUUGUCUCUGCCUGGAGGGCAGCAAACAGUCCGGCUGGAGCAGAACAGGCCGGCAGAGGGCCCCAGCCUCCCGGAGCCAGAGUUCCAACCGGAGGAGCCUGAGGCAUCAGAACCAAGCAGAGGCCAAGACUCACUGACUGAGCAGGAGCAGGCAAACUCGGCAGACAAGAGGCCAGCAGAGGGCAAGGCUGGGAGCCCGCUCAAGGGCCGACUGGUGACCUCAUGGCGGAUGCCCGGGGACCGGCCCACGCUGUUCAAUCCGUUCCUGCUGUCCCUGGGGGUCCUCAGGUGGCAAAGGCCUGAUCUGCUCAACUUCAAGAAGGGAUGGAUGUCAAUCUUGGAUGAGCCAGGAGAGUGGAAGAAGCACUGGUUUGUGCUGACAGAUUCAAGCCUCAAGUAUUACAGAGACUCCACCGCUGAGGAGGCAGAUGAGCUGGAUGGCGAGAUCGACCUGCGCUCUUGCACAGAUGUCACCGAGUAUGCAGUGCAGCGCAACUAUGGCUUUCAGAUCCAUACCAAGGACGCUGUCUAUACCUUGUCGGCCAUGACCUCGGGCAUCCGGCGGAACUGGAUCGAGGCUCUGAGGAAGACUGUGCGUCCAACUUCAGCCCCUGAUGUCACCAAGCUCUCGGACUGCAACAAGGAGAACACGCUGCAUGGCUACGGCCCCCAGAAGGGCUUCCUGAAGGCGGGGGAGCAGCGAGCCGGCUCAGAGGUUGGCGGGCGCAGCGGCCCCCGCAAGGCAGACGGGCCCCGGCAGUCCCUGGACUAUGUAGAGCUCUCACCCUUGACCCAGGGCGGCCCACAGCGGGCCUGCACCCCAGCCAAGCAGGAGGAACUGGAGCGGGACCUGGCCCAGCGCUCUGAGGAGCGUCGCAAGUGGUUCGAGGCCACCGACAGCCGGGCCCCUGAGACUGGCGAGGCACCACGCCGGGGCCUGGGUGCCCCACUGACCGAGGAUCAGCAGAGCCGACUCAGCGAGGAGAUCGAGAAGAAGUGGCAGGAGCUGGAGAAGCUGCCCCUGCGGGACAACAGGCGGGUGCCGCUCACCGCCUUGCUCAACCAGGGCCGCAGUGAGCGCCGAGCGCCCCCGAGUAACACCCACGAGGCCCUGGAGAAGGAGGUGCAGUCUCUUCGUGCCCAGCUGGAGGCGUGGCGAGUCCGUGGGGAGGCUCCUCAGAGCACACCCAGGCCACCAGAGGACAGCCACAUCCCGCCAGGCUACAUCUCCCAGGAGGCCUGUGAGCGCGGCCUGGCAGAGAUGGAGUCCUCCCACCAGCAGGCGAUGGAGCAGUUGCAGCGACACCACGAGCGAGAGCUGCAGCGGCUGCAGCAGGAGAAGGAACAGCUGCUGGCCGAGGAGACGGCGGCCACAGCCUCCGCUAUCGAGGCCAUGAAGAAGGCCUACCAGGAAGAGCUGAGCCGGGAGCUGAGCAAAACCCGGAGUCUCCAGCAGGGCCCCGACGGCCUCCGGAAGCAGCACCAGUCCGACGUGGAGGCGCUAAAGCGGGAGCUGCAGGUGUUGUCUGAGCAGUACUCACAGAAGUGCCUGGAGAUCGGGGCGCUGACACGGCAGGCCGAGGAGCGGGAGCACAAGCUGCGGCGCUGCCAGCAGGAGGGCCAGGAGCUGCUGCGCCACAACCAGGAGCUGCAUGCCCGCCUGUCAGAGGAGAUUGACCGACUGCGCAGCUUCGUGGCCUCGAAGGGCACCAGCAACAGCUGUGGGCGUGGCAGUGAGCGGAGCUCCUGUGAGCUGGAGGUGCUGCUGCGGGUGAAGGAGAAUGAGCUUCAGUACCUGAAGAAGGAGGUACAGUGCCUCCGGGACGAGCUCCAGACCAUGCAGAAGGACAAGCGCUUCACCUCGGGAAAGUACCAGGAUGUAUAUGUGGAGCUGAAUCACAUCAAGACUCGGUCCGAGCAGGAGAUUGAGCAGCUGAAGGAGCACCUGCGCCUCGCCAUGGCCGCCCUGCAGGAGAAGGAGGGCACGCGCAACAGCCUGGCGGAGUAGAGGUGGGCGCCUUGGACGCCGUGAGGCCUGGACCCACCCACACCUGUCCCGCAAGGGGCUUCCAGUGCUGUGUCUUUGCUCUGGGAGGAGCAGUCCGCCUCAGCCCUCAGCAUCCACCCUCGUCUCCCAGGUCUCUCGGUCCACCCAGCUGCAGUCCUUUCAGCCAAAUGGGACCAGUGGCCUCCUUUCCUGACAGAUGGGAGUCAAACACCGAGCUUCCUCCCCACCCUCUGUGGUCCGCAGGCGCGUGUGCACCUGCCACACACACAGGUACACACAAUCACGCGCAUGCACACACACACACACACUCGGCAUAUCUGAGCAUGCCCCUCGCACUGGGUCUUACCUUGCACCUUCAGGAUUUUCUAUGUGAAGAGAUUUUUAUAUAGAUUUUUUUCCCAAACACUUUAUACUUUUUGAAAAUGCUAACCCUGGUGGCCUGUGUCUCCACACUGGCUCUGCUCUGUCUCCAGCCUCUGCUUGGCUUCUGUGCAGUGGCCCUGGCAGUGGACACUGCCCAGGAGGGGUGGGAAGCCAGCCCCCUCCUCCCACCCUACCUCCUACUAACAACUUCCUGCCCUGGGUGGACCCACACCCAGUGGUUAUGGACAGAGGGGCGGAGGGAGCCAGCAGUCCCGUGUCCCCUCUGAGGGGCACUGGAUGUGGAUCCGCUGGUGUCACCCAUGAAGGCUCCUCUCUCCUCUGGGAACCUUCUUAACUUAAUAAAACAUUCCUUUGGCUCAGAUGUCCUAGAUGGCCAGGCAAGGUGGGACGUGGAGAUUGGGGUUUCUUAUGGUGUCUUCCAGCUCGCACCCUUUCCUUCCUGAUAUUGGUGACUGCUGGUGGCUGUGGGCUGCUGAGAAUCUAGUUCUUCCACAGGCCAGGGACUGUGACGUUCCUGUGUGGUGCCAGGGAGUCCAGCCCACCCUGACCUACUGAGU